AUGUCCGCAAAAGCUAUAAGAGAGGCAACUGGGAAAGAUCUCCUAAACCGGCACUUGUCCUCGUCUUCACUUGCAAAAUGCAGGUUUGCGACUGUCACAGAAAGCACCAAUUGGUCAGAUCUUCUGAAUGAACAUCCUUGGCUGAAAACUCAGCCCCUGGUUGUAAAACCUGAUCAAUUGAUUAAACGAAGGGGGAAGCUUGGCCUAAUCAAGGUCAAAACAGAUUUUGCUGGUGUACAAGAAUGGGUAACUGCUCGAAUGGGAAAGGAUCAAGAGGUUGGAAAGGCAAAAGGAAAACUAAGGAAUUUUAUUAUUGAACCAUUCAUUCCACAUGAAGCGAAAGAAGAGGCUUAUGUCUGUAUAUAUUCACACAGACAUGCAGAUACAAUUUUAUUCCAUCAUGAGGGAGGAGUUGAUAUCGGAGACGUUGAUGCUAAGGCUUUGAAAUUGGAUGUGCCUGUUGACAAGACUCUUUCCUUGGAUGACAUAGUCAAAAACCUUCUAACUAACAUGCCUGAGAGCAAACGACCGAUGUUAGCAAACUUCAUAUCAUCUUUAUACAAAACAUAUGUCGACCUGUAUUUUACCUAUCUAGAGGUCAAUCCUUUGGUUGUGACAAAUGAUUCGAUUUAUAUUUUGGACUUAGCUGCGAAACUCGAUGUGACGGCAGACUUUGUGUGUCGGCAGUUGUGGGGUGAAAUCGAGUAUCCACCUCCUUUUGGAAGGGAUGCUUUCCCAGAAGAGGCUUAUAUCGCAGACCUUGAUGCCAAAAGUGGUGCCUCCUUAAAGUUGACAAUUUUAAACAAAUCAGGACGGAUAUGGACAAUGGUUGCUGGGGGUGGUGCGUCUGUGAUUUACAGCGAUACGAUCUGUGAUUAUGGGGGUGCUUCUGAGCUUGCUAACUACGGAGAGUAUUCUGGAGCACCUUCGGAACAGCAAACUUAUGAAUAUGCCAAAACUAUUUUAUCAUUAAUGACUGCUGAAAAACACCCACAGGGAAAGGUACUUAUUACUGGAGGAGGUAUUGCUAACUUCACUAACGUCGCAGCUACCUUCAAGGGUAUCGUGACAGCACUCACGGAAUUCCAAGGCAAGCUUCUUGAGCACAAUAUCUCAAUUUACGUUAGGAGAGCUGGUCCCAAUUACCAAGAAGGGCUAAGGAUAAUUCGUGAUGUUGGAAAAUCACUUCGUAUUCCUAUUUAUGUGUUUGGACCUGAGACGCACAUGACUGCAAUUGUAGGCAUGGCAUUAGGCAAGAAACCGAUUCAGAAAGAGGCUGAGAUGGAGUUUUCUACUGCAAAUUUUCUUCUUCCUGGUGGCCAGAACCAGAGAGCUCCUUCACCGCAUAAACAUCUUGAAAAGUCCGAAUAUACAGAUAUGGUUGAUGGGAGUGAGACGUUGAAGACUUACAAGCCACUUUUUUCAUCAGAAAGUAAGGCCAUCAUCUGGGGCAUGCAGACGAGAGCAGUUCAGAGUAUGUUAGAUUUUGAUUUUGUAUGUCGAAGAGAGGAGCCUUCUGUUUCAUGUUUAGUAUACCCUUUUACUGGAGAUCAUAAACUAAAAUUUUACUGGGGCCACAAAGAAGUCCUCAUCCCUGUCUAUAAAAGAAUGGACGAUGCUAUGGCAAAACACCCAAAAGCUGAUGUACUUAUUAAUUUCGCUUCACUGAGAUCUGCUUAUGAAAGCACUCUUGAAACGCUUAAUUUCCCACAAAUUAAAGUAAUUGCGAUAAUAGCCGAAGGAAUUCCGGAGAACAUGACGCGUAAACUGAUUCUGAAAGCGAACCAAAAAGGCGUUUCGAUUAUUGGCCCUGCGACAGUAGGUGGUAUCAAGCCAGGCUGUCUUAAAAUCGGUAACACCGGAGGAAUGAUGGACAACAUUCUCCACUCAAAAUUAUACCGACCAGGAAGCGUAGCAUAUGUCUCUCGUUCUGGAGGAAUGUCAAACGAAUUGAACAAUAUUAUUUCCAAAGCGACAAAUGGUGUCUAUGAAGGUGUAGCUAUUGGAGGGGACAGGUACCCGGGCACAACAUUUAUGGAUCACAUCAUGAGAUACCAAGCAGAUCCAGCUGUUAAAAUGAUUGUUUUACUUGGUGAAGUUGGUGGUGUUGAGGAAUACGAUGUUUGUGAAGCGAUAAGAAAUAGAAAACUGACAAAACCUUUAGUUGCGUGGUGCAUUGGCACAUGUGCUUCCAUGUUUACAUCAGAAGUGCAGUUUGGACAUGCAGGAUCUUGUGCCAACUCUGAACGGGAAACCGCACUCGCUAAAAAUUCUGCUCUAAGAGCCGCCGGGGCAAAAGUACCCGAAUCAUUUGACUAUUUAGGAGAAACAAUUCAAGAAGUUUAUUCUACCCUCGUCAAGAAUGGAACAAUCGUUCCGACACCAGAACUCCCUCCACCGACCGUCCCGAUGGAUUACUCAUGGGCGAGGGAAUUGGGCCUUAUUCGCAAACCAGCUUCGUUCAUGACUAGUAUUUGUGAUGAAAGAGGACAGGAGCUUUUAUACGCAGGAAUGCCUAUUAGCGAUGUUCUGAAACAAAACAUGGGAAUUGGUGGUGUAGUCUCGCUCCUUUGGUUUCAACGGUCUUUGCCGCAGUAUGUGUGCAAGUUUUUUGAAAUGUGUCUGAUGGUUACUGCAGACCAUGGCCCGGCUGUUUCUGGAGCGCACAACACAAUCGUCUGUGCAAGAGCAGGAAAGGACUUGGUGUCUUCUGUCGUCUCUGGUCUCCUCACAAUUGGUGAACGAUUCGGAGGUGCGUUGGAUGGUGCUGCUAAGCAAUUCUCAGAGGCAUAUGACAGCGGACUCAUCCCUAUGGAAUUUGUUAAUUCGAUGAGGAAGAAGGGCCAACUGAUCAUGGGUAUUGGACAUAGAGUGAAAUCGAUUAAUAAUCCAGAUAUGAGAGUGAAGAUCAUUAAAGAAUUUGUUUUGGAAACUUUCCCAUCUACACCUCUACUUAACUAUGCUCUUGAGGUGGAGAAGAUCACAACUUCGAAAAAGCCCAAUCUCAUUCUCAAUGUCGACGGUGUUAUUGCUGUAUCGUUUGUAGACCUUUUGAGGCAUAGUGGUAGUUUCACAAGGGAGGAAGCGCAAGAGUAUAUUGAAAUGGGAGCAAUAAAUAGUUUAUUUGUUCUGGGAAGAAGUAUUGGUUUUAUUGGUCAUUACAUGGAUCAGAAGAGGCUGAAGCAGGGUCUGUAUCGUCAUCCUUGGGACGACAUCUCUUAUGUUCUACCAGAGCAGUACAACUAAAUGGACGAAAGAAAACAAUCUAGUGUACAUAGUAUAUCUUUUGUUUUAUAUAUUACAUCUUUUGAGGUCUAGAUGACUAAAAUUGCUUCCAACGGCAGUUAGAAAAAAACCACACACACACAAAAACAUACACAAAGGAAAAGUAUUUAUAUGAAUAUGAUGUGAAUUUCUCUGGCAAGCGAUAGUACGAUCAUUCCAUUGUAAUCCGGCUUUAUGGUGGUCUGGUUGCAUUUUAUAUUUUCAGAAAUGAUUUGUAUAUUUAAGACUAAGAUCUGAAUGAAUGUUAAUUAUACACAUACAUGUUGCAUACCCUUUCAGAAUUUUUUUGUUUGUAUAAAAUAUUUUAAAAUCCUUUUUUUUAAAUCUAGACUGUUGUGAUUGCUGUGUUUAUAGUAUAAAAUAAAAUUUAUUUUCUAUCGUGCAAACAAAAUUUCUUUAACUGUGAUGGCAUGAUUAACACUUUUAUAAAGGUUAAGUGUAUAAGAAUUUUAACACUGUGUUUUUUGACUGAAAAACAAAAAAUAAAUGCAAACAAUGUCUUUAUUAAUGAACUUUCCUUCUUUAAGAAAAAAAGAGCUGGACGUGUCUACUUGCUUAAGAGACAAAAACAUCUUAUUUUUGUUAUCUUUCUUAUGCUUAAACACAGUUGAAAUAAACAAAAAGGUUCUUGAGUAUGUUUUGAUUAAA